AUGUACUCGGCAGUGUGGGUCUUCGCUCUUUUGGCGGCUAUCGCCUUCAGUCCUGGAAGCCCAAGGUCGUGUGGUACCAUGCCAGAAUCCAGCAAUUUGAAAACCGUAUACAAGCCGAACCAGAUCCCUGAAACGACUAACUUGCUUACCACGACAGCUGGUGGCACCCCGAUUGGACAAAUAGCUACGAGCAGCUCCAGUUCUAACUGUCCCUACCUGAAGCCGGUGGUGGAUUUGUACAGCAGCUUCUUCAGGUCACACUAUUAUACGGUGGAUGAAAUGAUCAUCAAUCUUCGCGAAGGCCAAGGAUGGACGAAUCAGGGCAUCCUCGGAUACGCAGUUCCAACAGCUGGUCUUUGCGGCGCGAAUGAUGUCAUCUACAGCUUCUUCAGAAAUAACCGAGGCUUCGUUCAGGUCACUAACGGUUCAAAUCUGUACCAGUAUGCACUCAGCGGGGCCUUUGUGUUCAGUGGCCGACCGUGGGCCAUGUGGCAGUAA